ACACAAAUGUUGAACGAGAAACGGGUCGUAAGGCCCAAAUCUCGAAUAUAACAGCUGCAAAAACUGUAGCAGACAUUAUCCGAACUUGUCUUGGUCCACGUUCAAUGCUUAAAAUGCUCCUUGACCCCAUGGGGGGAGUAGUGCUGACUAAUGACGGAAAUGCCAUCCUUCGAGAAGUUGAGGUGGCUCACCCGGCAGCAAAAAGCAUGAUUGAGCUUAGUCGGACGCAGGACGAAGAAGUUGGCGAUGGAACGACUAGUGUCAUUAUUUUGGCUGGUGAACUUCUCGCACAAACGCUUCCAUAUCUUGAAAGAAAUAUUCAUCCAAUAGUUAUAAUUUCUGCUUACAAAAAGGCUCUUGAUGAUGCAAUCAAAAUCAUUGAUGGUAUUUCAGAGUCGGUAAAUAUUGAGAAUGAAGAAGAAAUGUUAAAUUUGGUAAAGAGUGCGCUUGGAACAAAAUUUGUGAGUCGAUGGAGUGAUCUAAUGUGUAAAUUAGCAUUGGAUGCUGUGCGCACAGUUGCCAAGGAGGAAGAUGGCAAGCGAGAAGUUGAUAUAAAACGAUAUGCUCGAGUUGAAAAGGUUCCCGGUGAUGAAAUUGAAGAUUCGAAAGUUUUAGACGGAAUAAUGUUAAACAAAGAUGUAACUCAUCCGAAAAUGCGUCGUAAGAUUGAGAACCCGCGUAUUGUGCUUUUAGAUUGUCCUCUUGAAUAUAAAAAAGGCGAGUCACAAACUAAUGCAGAAAUUAUGGAUGAAAAUCAUUGGAAUCGGUUAUUACAAAUUGAAGAGGAACAAAUCAAGGAAAUGUGCGAUAAAAUUAUAUCGGUGAAACCUGAUUUGGUUUUCACGGAAAAAGGUGUUUCCG